UUCCCCGGCGCUGGCCUGGACGUGGCCGCCAUGGACCGCGCCGCCCGGCUCCUGGAGGGGACCCACGACUUCCGGAACCUCUGCAAGAUGGACGUGGCCAAUGGGGUGGUGACCUUCACCCGCACCGUGCUCAGCGCCAGGGUGGAGCCCGUCCCGCAGCUGCCGGAGGACGACGCCCAUUUCCAGCUCUACCAUCUACAGAUCACCGGGCUGGCCUUCCUCUACCACCAGGUGAGGUGCAUCAUGGGAGUCCUCUUCCUGAUCGGUGAGCGCCGCGAGGAGCCCGAAAUCAUCCCAGAA